AUGUCUGACCCCGAGACCAUCGUUAUCAUAGGAGCCGGCGUGAUAGGUCUAACAACCGCGUUGUGUAUCCAACAAUAUCUAACCCCCACGCAAUCAGUGCUCUUAGUAGCCAGAGAUUUCCCAUCCGACACUUCCGUCAACUAUGCUUCCCCAUGGGCUGGAGCGCAUUAUCGUCCGGUGCCGGGAUCCUCACCACAGGCGCUCCGUGAAGCUGGUCAGGCGCAGCGGACGUACGAGUUCAUGAAGCGAGUCGCCGUGGAUGAACCGGGCGCAGGCGUCAACUUUACUCAAGGCAUUGAGCACCUCGAGGCCCCACCGGCUGAGUAUCUGGAUGCGCAGAGCGUGCGCAAUGUCUAUGGGCAUCUGGAUGAAUUCCGUCAUCUUGAGAGUAGCGAGGUGCCCGACGGCGUGAAAUGGGGUGUGCAAUAUGGCACUUAUGUGGUCAAUUCUCCAGUUUAUUGUGCGCAUAUGCUACGCAAAUUCGUUUUGAAGGGUGGGAACACUAGACAAUACACCCUUGCGAAUCUGAAGGAGAGCUUCUCUCUGGCUUUGAAUGUAAAGACCGUGGUUAAUUGCUCUGGGCUUGGUUUUGAGGAUCCGAAAUCAUUUAUUAUCAGAGGUAUAUACGCUUUGUUCACAAUUCCUAAAUGGUCUCGCUUUGAUGAUCAAGACUUGAAUGCUGAUAUCAAGCUUUCUUCGGGAUGUCCAGGUCAAACAUGUCUCGUUCGCAACCCUGUUUCAGAGACUAUUACCCGUCAAAAUGAAGAUGGAACCUGGUCAUUCUGCAUUCCACGUCCACUAGACGGCGGGACAAUUAUUGGUGGAACGAAAGAGGUGCACAAUUGGGAUCCAAACCCCUCGAUGGAGACUCGAGCAAGACUCCUCGCCAACGCAGCGAAGUGGUUCCCUUUCACACCCGAAAGCAGUGGCCAGUUCGACGUGAUUCGUGAUAUAGUCGGGAGAAGGCCUGCUAGAGAAGGUGGGAUGCGAAUCGAAGUCGAGGAGAUCGGGGAUGGUAACCGGUUCGUUCAUGCAUAUGGUGCCGGUGGACGUGGCUUCGAGCUUUCACGAGGCGUCGCGGAGGACACUGCGGCGUUGAUGUUGGAAAUUGGAAUCUUGCGGGAGAAGGCCGCUCUUUGA